AUGUUGCUCGCCGGGUUUCUGAUCGCAGGAGCCGCAUUCCUGUUCCUGUCACGCCGUCAGAAGAGAAAACGAUACAAUCCAACGCUAGCUCAGCAACCACCGCAUGUACCCAGUAGCGGCGCCGGCGGACGAUUGGAGAAAGGCCCAGCAGUGGUUACGAGCGCCUAUGCUACGGAUAUCGACGAUAUGCUACCUCAGCCUGCAUCAGAUGAUACUAUCACCGACGCAGCCUUGAAGAUACGGGACAACAUCAAAAACCACGUUCGAGAGUUUUACCAUGUUUCUCCCGUCCCGGCAGCCAGCAUCAACCAGGCAAAUAUGAAAGAGCUGGCGAUUGCAACUGGCACAAGCUCUUCCGUACUUGCAACGUGGAGUGUGCUUUCGAGAUGCACCGGAGAACGCGUUGAGAGCUUGCUUCCGGGUGAGCUUGCGCCGCUCGCCUCAGCUGUUCCUGGAAAAGAUGGUAAAAAUGCCGCGCAAUCCGCCAUGUACAGCAAAUGGAAGGCCAUGACUGGUGCUCUCCUGCAUGGUCGAGUUGGCCAGAAUACGCAAGACCGAUUCCACAGAUUUUCCAGUGCGGCUGCAGACCUGGACGCCAUCGUGGCGCCCUUCGUGCAGAGUGGCUUGGAAACUCAGCGCAGCAAGAAUCUGGACAUGAUUCUUGCGCGAUCGGCAAACUUCGCGUUCCUACUCUUUGAACAGCCCGGAGUCUUCCGUUUCGGGUUUUCUAGCGAACAUGGGGGGUUGGCAGUGUUCCCAGCAUUGCUACAGAUUAUCGGAGACCAGGGGCAGGUGCUGGUGCCGUCACGCGUGCUGCUGGAAAAGGAGAUUGCGGCAUGA